GCCAUUUUAAAGCUAAAUAGUGAACAGCUAAAAUGUUUUCCUUAGUAUGAGUUACACCCUGUUCAUAAGCUGCAGGAUUCAGUGCAAAACAUUUUCUCUUCAAGGAUUUAUACUAAAAUAAGAUGAAUACCUCUGGAUUUAACUGCUUUAUUUCUAGUGUAUUACUUACUCUCUGUGCAGCUAAAGAAAAUGUUUCACCUUCACCGUCCUUGCAAUCUGCUGCACCAUCAUCUGUUCCUAUUCCAGUAAUGAAAAACUUUACUGAUUUAAGUCAAAUUUUCCAAAAUGUACAUCUAUAUCAAGCUAAUACAGAAGCACCAGAAGGAAGAACUACAACAACUAAUAAGCCAGAUACCAGUCCAGAUCUGAUGUACAGCAAACUGUCAUCUCUUUCACAUGAGACAUUACAGCCAUCACAGCUUCCACAAAGCUCAAAUUCAGACACUGAUGAAGACAGUAAGGAAGAUAAUAGCAUAAAUGACAAUAUUAAUAGAGAUAACAAACUAUCCAAAGACAACCAAGAAUCUCCAAAAGUAAGAAAUAUUGUCAAAGUGGAACCAUCCACCAGUCCAGUGCUGACUGUUAGUGAGCAAUGGGUCACACCUUAUGAAGAUACAGAUUUUGAAGCAUUCUUAGAGGAAAAUGAGUCCUCAGAUAUACGUGGAGAUAAUACACAAUCAGAUUUUAAUUCCAAUGCAAAACUAGGGAUGGAACCUUGGAAAAUUGGUCUCAUCUUUGCAGCUGCAUUCAUUGCAAUAGAAACUAUGGUCUUGGUUAUCUAUUGCUUUGUGUGUAGAAAACGAAGGAGAGCAAUUUUAGCAAAGAACCGUGAGCAAGAUAGUGAAGCUGGCGAUACAAUCAAUGUGGAGUCUAAUGAUAAUACUUUAACAGGCCAGGAAGGGACCAUUAAUGGGAGAGCAAUUUUAGCAAAGAACCGUGAGCAAGAUAUUGAAGCUUGCGAUACAAUCAAUGUGGAGUCUAAUGAUAAUACUUUAACAGGCCAGGAAGGGACAAUUAAUGGAGGACCGGGUCAACACGCUAUGGCCUGCACAUAUCAAUAUGAACAGCAAGAAGAUGAACAAAGACGAGGGGAUUUGAGUGAUGUAACUAUGGACAAAAGAUCUACAGAUGUAUAGUUGAAAUAUAUUCCUUUAUCUUUUCGCAGAAUCAAGACAGUAGAAACUUUUGCACUUCUGUUACUUGUACUUGAUAGAAGAUUUGGGCACCAAUAUUUAUCAGCUAACUUCAUGUUGUAUGUCGAGGAAUGAGUUGAUCCUCAAGAAAAGUACAAAAUUACAUUGUCAUCAAAACUUCUCUCUUGACCUUCUAAAGAAAAGGUGUACAGCAUUUUCAUGUUAAGGGACAUUUUGGAUAUUUACUUUCACUCCGCAAACCUUUAAAUAAAUUAUUUAUACUGUAAAAAUCAAAACAUAAGUGUAUUAUCAUAUAAAACAAUAAUAUAUAUAUAUAUAUAUAUAUAUACUGUAAAAAGCAAAACAAAAGGGUAUUAUCCUACAAAACACAUUUAAGAUAAGCACUUGUCAGCAAGUGCUGAAGUCAACAUAUACACCCAGACUAUUGGAUCUGUACAUAUAAAACCAGACUUUUGGAUUUGUGCAUAUAUACCCAGGCUAUUGGACCUGUACACAUACACACAGACUAUUGGAUCUGUACGUAUAAACCCAGACUAUUAGAUCUCCACAUAUACAUCCAGACUAUUUGAUCUGUACAUACACACUCAGGGCUCCAUGUACGAAGCAGCAAAAGCUGCUCCGGAGCCUUUGCGGGGCAGGUUCGCAUAUGUGAGCCUGCUUCCCGCAAUGUAAGAAGCAGCGGUCAUUAGACCGCUGCUUCCUACACCCUACGCCACCUCUUAGGUGGUGAAGCAAAAUCACAGAGAGCUUGCUCGCUCUCGGUGAUUGACAGCCCCUUCAGUCGCGUGAUUGGUCGUGCGACUGAAGGGGCGGGCAUUACACACUCCUCUGAGUGUGUAAUGGUACAUACGGGCAAGCGGAUCAAUAGAUCCGCUGCCUGUGUGUAGCGAAGGCGGGCGGACAGCUUCGCGAGUUAAGAAGCUGUCAGCCCGCCUCUUAGUACAUGAAGCCCUCAGACUAAAAUAUCUUAUCUGUAGAUAUACACCCAGAGAAUUAAAUCUGUAUGUGUAUACCCAGAGUAUUGGAUCAGUACAUAUACACCCAGACUACUGGAUAUGUACACACACCCAGACUAUUGAACCAGUACCUAUACACCCAAACUAUUGGAUCUGUACACACCAAGACUAUUGAACCAGUACCUAUACACCUAUACUAUUGGAUCAGUACAUAUACACCCAAACUAUUAGAUCUGUACAGAUACCAAGACUAUUGAACCAGUACCUAUACACCCAGAUUAUUGGACCAGUACCUAUACACCCAGACUAUUGGGUCAGUACAUAUACACCCAGACUAUUGGAUCUGUACAAACACACACCCAAACUAUUGAACCAGUAUCUAUACACCCAAACUAUUGGAUCUGAACACCCACACACACCAAGACUAUUGAACCAGUACCUAUACACCCAGACUAAUGGAUCUGUACAUAUACACCCAGACUACUGAAUCUGUACAUACACACUAAGACUAUUGGAUCUCUACACAUAAAACCAGAUUAUUGGAUCUGUAAACAUACACCCAGAUUAUUGGACCAAUACCUAUACACCCAGACCAGUGCUCCCUCUAAGGACAGUUUUAUGAGUGGCCUAGCAGUAAUUAGAUCAAUUAUCAAACACUACACAAUGCAGACUGCAAGAUAUGGUUGCCUUAUUAACUGUUUCACUGCUGGGCCACUCACAAAAGUUGCCUUAGAGGGAACACUAACCAAGACUAUUGGAUCUGUACAUAUACACCCAGACUAUUUAAUCUGUACAGUGAGGAAAAAAAUGAAGGAAUUGACUAGACACAUCCAGUGUUGCAUAGAGGUCAAGAUUUGCAAGGUGCUUAAACAACAUGCAAUAAGAACAUUUUCUGUUGUCUUCCAAGAGAUUAGCAUCACAGCAGAAACUGAAUGUUAUUAGAAUAGAUUAACAACGUGUUUGCUGCAUCUGUUUCCCAGUGAUAAAAACUCCACCCACCACUUCUCUUAUUGGAGGACGUAUGUUUGCAUAUGACUUAACUUGCCAUUAUCAUUGUGUUAACAAAAUCUUCAUUGUUUGGCUUCAGCAGAAAAGAUACAAAAGCAAUAAUUAGAGAUAUAUGACAAGGUAAGGCUUGUGAAGCCUGCCAUGUGCUCUUUCAGUCAUCACAAUUUGAAAUUUCAUAAUUAAAUUACAGGAAAAUGGGGCAACAUAAAUAAGAGUUGCAGAGAGUUUUACUAUGCAUAAAGAAACAUUUUAUAUUAAAAUGUCAGUGUUUACUGUCCCUUUUAAAGGGUCAGUACACUCAGGCAAGAGGCAGAUAUGAUUUAAAGUUGGUGCAGGAACACCCUUUGAAAAGGGCUGGAUCACUCCCACCCCCACUGGGAGCCUGAUUUCUUCUAAAGCCUCUUGUUUGCAUAGCUUUCCUGUAAUCAUAACUGAAGUAUUAAACAUUUUAAUAUAGGUGGAGGCUUCAACAGGAAACAAAUGCUAUUUCAAAUAGCAAAACAAAGUUAAAUGGAUCUGAAAACCUACAUUUUUCAUGAUUCAGAUAGAGCUUGUAAUUUUAAACAACUUACUAAUUUACAUCAAUUACCUCAUUUGCUUUUGUUCUCUUGCUAUCCAUUUUUUUAAAAGAGGCUCAGCAGCAGCAAAGCACUACUUGGGGCUAGCUGCUGAUUGGUGGCUGCACAUAUAUACCUCUUGUUAUUGGCUUACCUGGUGUGUUCAGCUAGCUCCCAAUAGUGUAUUGUUGCUCUUUCAAUAAAAUAUAUCAAAAGAACAAAGCAAAUUUAAUAAAAGAAGUAAACUGAAAAGCUGUUAAAAAUUGUAGGUUCCAUCUGAAUUAUGAAAGAAAAUGUUUGUGUUUCAUGUCCCUUUAAGGGUAAAAUAGAUAAUUGGGAAUAUAUUAAAAGGGAAAAACAUACAGUACAGAAAAACUUGCUCUAAAGUGAUUUUAAUAUGUACUGAUAUCAUGAUAUAUAUUUAAUAAGCAAUGGUGUUUGUAGAAUAAUAAUUGUACAGUAUUGUUUCCAUUUUGAUUGAUACUCCUGGUUCACAUUUUAUCUGUUUCAUUUUUCAUAUUUUCAUUGAAGUAUAAAAGUAAAUAUUAUAAAGUUUAAAUAAAAAGUGUGUUUUUUUUCUAUGAACAAAUCUUCUAUACAAGUUCUUUAUAAAAAAAAUAUGAGUUAUGUAUUUACCAGUAUUGCGACCAAUAAAUUAUACUUUUCUGUGAAUAUGACUUGUGAUUUACAGAAAUAUCCUUAAAGUAUGAUUUAUGUUCUUUGUUUUUUGUUCAUACCAUUAUUAACAGAAAAUUCCUUCAAAUGGGUUUGUAUAUAUAUGAACAUUUGUAUUUGUGUAUGUGUGUAUAUCUUAACUCUCUUGAGCUAUCAUAUAUUUAUUCAAUUUGACAAUUUGAUAAGUCGUUUUAAAAACUUAUUUUUUUCAUAAAUAUGAUAACUAUUUGUAAGUCAACAGUAUUAUAAAAAUAACAAAUAUCCUUCUAUUUUUAUUAUGUAAGGUCAUCAUCAUAUCUGAGAUAUGUUUGCAACCAUCAUAAAUAAAAUGUUGCCUAAAUUAUAAUAA